AUGUCUUACGACGACAUCGAGAACGCAGUCCCGGACAUCGUCAUCGGCUCCUCUGUUCCGGAGGAGGACAGCGAAAUCUACGAGCACGAGGUCGAGUCCGGCGCCGAGGAUCAAGAUCACGAGGAGGCCCCAAAGGAAAAGAAGUCUGUGGCAUUCGCCGGCCUUGAAGACGAGUUCGAUGAGGAGGCUGCCCGCAGAGAGUUUGAGGAAGGCGGCGGGCUUCCUGAGCAGCCAGAGAACCCCGACUUCUCCCAAUUGACGCCGCUCUCCCACGAAAUCAUCAACAGACAGGCCACCAUCAACAUCGGUACCAUUGGCCACGUCGCGCACGGUAAGUCCACUGUCGUUAGAGCCAUUUCCGGGGUCCAGACCGUCCGUUUCAAGGAUGAGUUGGAGAGAAAUAUCACCAUCAAGUUGGGUUACGCCAACGCCAAGAUCUACAAGUGUGACAACGAGGCCUGUGAGGCCCCGGGAUGUUACCGCUCUUUCAAGUCCGACAAGGAAAUUCACCCCAAGUGCCAGCAGCCUGGCUGCGAAGGCCGCUACACUUUGGUGCGCCACGUGUCGUUUGUCGACUGUCCAGGUCACGACAUUUUGAUGAGUACCAUGUUGUCGGGUGCCGCAGUUAUGGACGCUGCUCUUUUGUUGGUUGCCGGUAACGAGUCCUGUCCUCAGCCACAAACCUCUGAACAUUUGGCUGCCAUUGAAAUCAUGAAAUUGAAGCAUGUGAUCAUCUUGCAAAACAAGGUUGAUUUGAUGAGAGAGGAAUCUGCGUCCGAGCACCAGAAAUCCAUCUUGAGUUUCAUCAGAGGUACCAUCGCCGACGGUGCUCCAAUUGUCCCAAUUUCUGCCCAAUUGAAGUACAACAUCGACGCUGUCAACCAAAUAAUCUGUGACUACAUCCCCGUCCCACCUAGAGACUUCACUGCGUCGCCCCGCUUGAUCGUCAUCAGAUCUUUCGACGUCAACAAGCCAGGUGCGGAGAUUGACGACUUGAAGGGUGGUGUCGCUGGUGGCUCGAUCUUGAAUGGUGUCUUCAAGAUUGGUGACGAAAUCGAAAUCAGACCUGGUAUUGUCACCAAGGACGAUAACGGUAAGAUCCAGUGCAAGCCUAUCUUCUCCAACAUUGUGUCUCUCUUCGCCGAGCACAACGACUUGAAGUUCGCUGUUCCUGGUGGAUUGAUUGGUGUCGGUACGAAGGUCGACCCUACCUUGUGCAGAGCUGACAGAUUGGUUGGUCAAGUCGUUGGUUCCAAGGGCAACUUGCCAUCCAUUUACACAGACAUCGAAAUAAAUUUCUUCCUUUUGAGAAGAUUGUUGGGUGUCAAGACUGAGGGUGCCAAGCAGGGUGCUAAGGUGCGGAAUUUGGAGAGUGGAGAGGUUUUGAUGGUCAACAUUGGUUCUACUGCAACUGGUGCUCGUGUCAUCGCUGUCAAGGCGGAUAUGGCUCGUUUGCAAUUGACCUCCCCCGCAUGUACAGAGGUCAAUGAGAAGAUUGCAUUGUCCAGAAGAAUCGAGAAGCACUGGCGUUUGAUUGGUUGGGCCACCAUCAAAAAAGGAACUACGUUGGACCCUGUGGCAUAA